AUGUUGGCCAGACGCCGCUUUGCUGCUCUCGGCAUCAUCGUCCUCCUGUUCCUGGCCGGUGCGGCGAUCAUGAUGUCCUUCUCAGGAUCGCCAGGGCUGGACCUGGGGCCAGCAUUCGCGCGUCACCCGGCCCCGGCGACCGCGGGCGAUACUCCGCCGCCUCGCUACGCCAUCCUGAUUGAUGCCGGGUCCUCCGGCAGCCGGCUGAUGCUCUACCGGGCCACCUUCCGCGAGGGCGAGCGCCUACCACGCACGGAGAUUGUCAUGGCCCCGGCUUCGGCCUUCCUGGAGCCGGUGGCCACUUCGUCUCCGGCGCCGACCGGCGGCGGUGGAAGCCCCACCGGCAUUGGCGGCCAGGCGGACGACCUCCGACCGGUCUUUCUCAAAGUGGAGCCCGGCAUCUCAUCCUUCGCCGGGGCGCCGGCGCGCGAUGUCGAGGCUUACUUGGCUCGCCUGCUGGUCCCGGCCCUGCGCCACAUUGAGCCUGAGGCUGUGAGCGAGACGACUAUCCAGUUUAUGGAUGUGCGGGUCAUCAGCGGCGAGGAGGAGGCCCUCUUCGGCUGGGUGGCCGGCAAUUACAUCCUCAAUGCAUUGACCGAGGUGGAUGCGGUCCGGUCGACCCCGGCCGGCCCCGGUGCUGACCGGUCUCCGCCUCCGGGGUCCCACACGCAUGGCAAUGUCCGCCAUGGUGAUGGCACGACCAUGGGCUUCCUGGACCUGGGUGGCGCAUCGACGCAGAUCGCCUUCGAAGUUGAUCGGGAUCUCGCCAAGCACCCGGGUGUGCGCCUGGUCGAUCUGUCCUUCGGCAUGGAUCCGCCACUGGAGUUCCACAUCUACACUGCCUCGCAUCUGGGCCUCGGCGCCAAUGCCGCUCGUGACCGCUACAUGGCCGGGCUCGUCUCGGCGGCCGCCUCACGGGCUCUCGAGGCUGACCUCAAUCCGGGCUUCGAUCCGGAGUGGCCACAGGCACGCAUGGGCAACCACCCGCACGCCGAAGUCCCCUCCGGCUUCACGGUCACCGACGCGUGUCUGCUGCGCGGCUUUUCCACGCAAGACAAGCAUGGCAACACCUUCGAGGGUGCCGGUAGCCUGGACCAGUGCCUGCGCACCAUCAUCCAGCAGGACCUCAUCAACAAGGGAACCCCCUGCGCCGGGGCCACCGGUCCCGGUGGGGCAUCCCUCUCUCCGCGGUCCAUCGCGGAGGGCCACUCGCUCGCCGAGCCUGGGUCUCCCUCCCUGUCGGAAUUGGAAGCCAUGCUGGAUGGCAACAUGCACGGUUCGUCGUCGUCCUCGUCCUCCACCCCCUCUUCCUCCUCCUCGUCGGGCUUGUUUGGGCGCCUCUCGAGCACCGUCAGCGCGACGCUCCAUUCCCUCCAACGGUCGGCCACCGGCCGCCAUGGGGCUCGGAAUGAGGAGGCCGAUGUGGAGGAGCAGGAGGCCGAGGACACCGGCAUUCGGUCGGUGGCCCAGGCCUCCGGCCGGCCGGACCGCCGGACCCCGGCGAGCGGGGUCAUCACCAGCGCCGCCGAGCGCUUCUGCCGGUUCAAUGGUGUCCUGCAUCCGCCCUUCAACACCGGGCCCAUGAGCUUCGUGGCGGUGUCGGAGUUCUGGUACACCAUGUACGAUGUCUUCGGCCUGAGUGGGGCCUACGAUGCGGGGACUCUCUUCCAGCAUACGCGGGCCUAUUGCGCGCGGCACCACCAGGACGUCAUGGCCGACCAUGAGGCCGGUGUCUUCCCCCGGGCAGACCGCAUGCGCAUUGAGACCGAAUGCUUCAAGAGUGCCUGGGUCAUGUCCCUGCUGCAUGAUGGGUAUGGCUUUGGACGGGGCAAUGCCGGGCCCGGGGCCGGGGCCGACUGGCCUUGGGCCGAGGCCUCCGGUGCGCAUUCCCCCGCCAACAGCCCGCUGGCCCGGCAACACACGGACUCCAGUGUGUAUGUGGUGAAUUCCGUGGCCGGGACCGAGGUCAGCUGGACGCUCGGCGCCCUGGUGCUCGGCCUGGCGGGGAGCUUCUCCCCGGCCGGCCCGGGUGCGGCGGGGGAAAACCGCGAGGUGGCGAGCCCGGGUGGCGGCAUGACCCCGGCGUCCGGGCUGCUGCUGGGGGCCGGCCUGUCGCUGGUGGUGCUGGCUGGCCUGGUGGCCCUGGUGGGCCGGAUGCGUCGGCCCUCGCUCAGUGCUCGCCGGCGCCGGUACCAGCGCCCGGGCAGUGGCCCGGUGCCGAGCGCCUCGCUCGAUGGGGGGCUUCUGUCCUCGGCCGGAGGCGGUGGGGGCUCCUUCGUCAAGAUGACCAGCCUGUCUGGCGGCCUGUCGCCCGGCCUCAGUGCCUCCUCGUCGUCGGCCUCGUCGGACCAGGCCUCACCGGCUGUCACAUCGCCGCUGCUGAUGCAGCCGAUGGGCGGCGCUGGCGGGCUUCGGUCCGGGUCGGACUUCGCUCCGCACAUGUAUCCCCCGGUGACGGCGCCCGGCACCUUUGCCCUUUCCGGUGGCGGGCCCACCGGCGGACAGCCCGCCUCCCAGCACCAUCCCUUCGCCCUGGCAGGAGCCGUGGCCAUGCCCUCUUCCGGGCCCUCGUCCGCCGGGACACCCUUCGAGUCUCCGCCAUUGGCCUCGGCCGGGACGAUGGCCAGCGGUACUGGCACCGGCGCCGCCGGCCACCUCCUGCUCUAUCCCUUGCAGGCGGCUCCGAAUGGCGGCGGCCCCGCCGGGGGUAGCAGCGCUGGCACCACCCUGGCCGGGUCUUUUCCGGGCAUGGGUCCGCCGGCGUCCGGUAUGAUGACCUUCCCGGCUGUGGGCCAGUCGCACUUUGUCCCCCCCGGGCCCGGAGGUCGUAGCAUGAGUGCCGGCGGGGCGGCCAUGCUUGCCGGCACCCCGCCACACACUUUCGCCACCAUGGGCUCGCCCAACACCGUGGGGCUGGGCGGCUCGCCGGUCCCACUCGGGGCCAAUGGCCCCGGCGGUUCUGGCGCCCCUCCGCAUCACUUCCCCCCUCAGCAAUACCCGGCAUACCAGCCCCCGGGGUCGGGACAGGGCGGCCCACCUGGGCGUGGCCGGUCCUUCUCGUAG